GUUACCUUUUUUAUUUCAAGCUUCUUAGUGUUCUUGACAUGAAAAUGAAUGGUGUUGAGGCUGAAAAAAAACAAUAUAAUGAGAGUGAGAAAAUAAUAGGGUAUUAUGAUGAUGAUGUGAAUGAGAAAAUAGAUUAUGUGUUUAAGGUUGUGGUGAUUGGAGAUUCAUCAGUGGGAAAGACUCAAAUGCUCUCAAGAUUUGCAAAGAAUGAGUUUUGCUUUGACUCUAAGUCAACCAUUGGUGUUGAAUUCCAAACUAGGACUCUCACCAUUAAUGGCAAAGUCAUCAAGGCUCAGAUCUGGGAUACUGCUGGCCAAGAAAGGUACAGGGCAGUGACAAGUGCAUAUUACAGAGGAGCAUUAGGGGCAAUGUUGGUAUAUGACAUAACAAAGAGAGACUCAUUUGAUCAUGUUACAAGGUGGAUUGAAGAACUAAGAUCACAUGCAGAUAGCUCCAUUGUGAUCAUGUUAAUUGGUAACAAAUGUGACCUUGUUGACCUAAGAAUGGUGUCAACUGAAGAUGCAAUUGAAUUUGCUGAAGAACAAGGCCUUUUCUUCUCUGAGACUUCAGCACUCAAUGGUAACAAUGUGGAAAGUGCUUUUCUUAAAUUGCUUCAAGAGAUUCAUAAUAGGGUUGUUUCUAAGAAGAAAAGUUUGGAAUGUGGUAGUGGUGAUGAUGACAUUAUUGGUAAUGGUGGUAAUAAUAGUAGCAACACACUUAAAGGAUCUAAGAUUGAUGUAAUUUUAGGUCAUGAAUUGGAAAUUAGUGAGAUGAAGAAGUUGUCUUCAUGCUCAUGUUAAUCUUGGAAAAGGUUAAUGUUGAAAGGAAAAAAAAUAUA